CGCGCGAACUGAGGGAAGCGGCCCGCCCCGUGUGGUGUGUGAGGUGAAAGGCAGCCGCCCGAGCCCACCCCCGCCCUUCUGCCCGCCCGCCCCCGCCCUCCUCUCCUCCCCCGAGCCGGUGAGAGUAGAGAGAGAACCACCAUGUCUGCGCCGGCCGCCAAAGUCAGUAAAAAGGAGCUCAGCCCCAACCACGACGAAGACGAUGAGGCCUCAGAAAAAGAGCAGCAGGAAGCAAUUGAACAAAUUGAUGAAGUACAGAAUGAAAUAGACAGACUGAAUGAGCAGGCCAGUGAGGAAAUUUUGAUAGUAGAACAGAAAUAUAACAAACUCCGCCAACCCUUCUUUCAGAAGAGGUCAGAACUGAUUGCCAAAAUACCAAACUUCUGGGUAACAACAUUUGUUAACCACCCACAAGUAUCUGCACUGCUGGGGGAGGAGGAUGAGGAGGCACUGCAUUAUAUGACCAGGGUGGAAGUGGCAGAGUUUGAAGAUAUUAAAUCAGGUUACAGAAUAGAUUUUUAUUUUGAUGAAAACCCUUACUUCGAAAAUGAAGUGCUCUCCAAAGAAUUUCAUAUUAAUGAAAGUGGAGAUCCAUCUUCAAAGUCAACUGAAAUCAAGUGGAAAGCUGGGAAGGACUUGACAAACCGUUCAAGUCCCACACAGGAUAAAGCUGGCCGGAAAAGGCAGCAUGAGGAACCAGAAAGCUUUUUCACUUGGUUCACUGACCAUACUGAUGCAGGUGCAGAUGAACUAGGAGAGGUUAUCAAAGAUGACAUCUGGCCAAAUCCUUUACAGUACUACUUGGUUCCUGAUAUGGAUGAUGAAGAAGGGGAAGGAGAAGGAGAAGGAGAAGAAGAAGAAGAUGAUGAUGAUGAUGAUGAUGAAGAAGAAGAAGAAGAAGAUGAUGAUGAUGAUGAAGAAGAUGAUGACGAAGAAGAUGAUGACGAUGACGAUGAAGAAGAAGGCUUGGAGGACAUUGAUGAAGAAGGUGAUGAAGGUGAAGAAGAUGAAGAUGAUGACGAGGGAGAAGAAGGAGAGGAGGAUGAAGGAGAAGAUGACUAAUUGAACACUGAUGGAUUCUAAACCUUCUUUUAUCUUUUUAAUUUUCUUCAGUCCCUGGGAGCAAGUUGCAGCCUUUUUUUUUUUUUUUUCUCUUGUGUGCAUUUGCCUUGUUCUCUUAAUGUCUCUUUCUCUCCUCUUUACACCAUGGUUCACAACUUUUUGGGGGGUGGGAGGGGGGAAUACCUUGAGCAGAAUACAGUGGGAAAAGAAUCUAUCUCUACCAGUUUCUGUUCCAAGUUCAUUUUUAUCCCUUCCUGUCUCAAAACAAACUGUUUGUGGAGUCAACAUACACUGUGUUCUGUGGGAAAAAAAAACAACCUUCUGCUCCCUUCACAUUGCUGGAAGCUGAAGGGUGCUAGGCCCCUGUGUAGUAGUGCAUAGAAUUCUAGCUUUUUUCCUUCUUUCUCUGUAUAUUGGGCUCAGAGAUUACACUGUGUUUCUAUGUGAAUAUGGGCAGUUAGCAUUUACCAACAUGUAUCUGUCUACUUUCUCUUGUUUGAAAAAAUGAAAAAACUUAAAAAAAAAAACCAUGGGGUAUAGCAGGUCAGCAAGGGUGGGUUUGAGAUGUUUGGGUGGGUUAAGUGUGCAUUUUGACAACAUGGCUUCUUCUCCUUUGGCAUGUUUAAUUGUGAUAUUUAACAGACAUCCUUGCCGUUUAAGAUGACAGUUUUAAAAUAAAAUUCUCUCCUUAUGAUGACGUUGAGCCCUGCCACUCAAUGGAGAAUCAGCAGAACCUGUAGGAUCUUAUUUGGAAUUGAUGUUCUCUAUUGUAAUUUUGUUCUUGUUUAUUUUUACAUUUUCUUUUGUUUCACUGGAAAGGAAGAUACUCAGUUUUAAACGUUAAAACGUACAAGUUGCUUUGUUACAAUAAAACUAAAUGUGUAUACAAAAAAAAAAAAGGUUGGCUUUGUUGUUCUCAGUGUGCUUGGAAUUCUUACUCUAUAAAUAUAUAUGUUAUGUUAUUUUACUGAUGGCAUCUUUAACACCUUUCAGCCAAUCAAAUUUCAUUUCUUUAAACAAUAUUUAUGGAAUGGAGAGUUCCUUUAUUCGUAGAAUAAAUUGUGAUUCAGUUGCAAAAAAA